AUGAAGCGUAUUUUCGGCAAUGUUGUGGACACCAAGUCCAAUGAGCCCAGGAGGAAGGAGGAACCCGCACCAACGCUUGCUGCCACCAGUAACCAGAUGGAUAGAAGGGUUCAAGAGUUGGAUAGGAGGAUCAAGGAAUGCGACGAAGAGAUCGUGCAACUGAUGAAGGGCAACACGGGCAACCGCACUGGCGGGUCCACCUUAGCCAAACAAAAAGCCCUUCAGAUCAUGAAAAGAAAAAAGAUGCUAGAGCAGCAACAGCAGCAAUUGAUGGCCACACAGUUGAACGUGGAAGGGAUGUCCUUGCAGCACGAGAACAUGGUGAUGACUGCGAACACCGUGAAGGCGAUGGAAGGGUCGCUGGAGCAAAUGAAGAAGUUGACGGACGCAACGAAAGGAGGUCUGGACCCGGAUAGAGUGGCAGAUCUCUUUGACGACCUUGGCGACAUGCAGAUGGAUGUGGAGGAGAUUAACGAAAUGAUGGGGAGAAAUUAUGCCGUACUCUUUUCUACUUAAAUACAUCUUUUGAAGAAUAUAGAUAUUUUUCUACUUACAUCUUUUGAAGAAAAUAGAUAUACUUAUACAUCCUUUGAAGAAUAUACAAAAACACCUUGCAUCCACUAGACAGAAAGGAAUAAAUACAACGACAUCGAUUACAAACAGCAAUAUACAAUCUUAUAGAUAUUCUUCUACAAUUACAAUCGUCCACACAGCUCGACGGCGUCGACGACGAGGCACUAGACGCAGAGUUUGAAGCUCUCGAGGAGGAAAUUAGAAUGGAACAAAUCACCGCAUCCAACACUGCUGCUGUUCCCAGUUACUUACCCGCCGAAGCCUCAGCAACAGCAACUGCCUCUACUUCACCCGCGAGAGGGCAGCAAGCAGCUGCAGAUAGCUACACAGGUGGAGGAGGCGGUUACCCGCAGAUGGAAACGAACUUAGGGAAGUCGGGAUAUCCUUUCUAAGAGUAUGAACAUCUGAGGAAUCCUAUGCUAACCUUUCCAAGUCCCUACAGACGAGAAAACAUUAUAUCUUGACCUUUUGACCCCACGUCCUCCAAAAGCAGGACACUACUCGUGAUUUCAAAGACUCAAAACAUUUUUAUGAGAUGAAGACCGACGCACCCACUCAUUUACCCACAAGCGAAAUAAGGAG